AUGGAGCCUCCACCCUCGCCCACGCGAAAGAGAAAAAGACCAGAGUCUCAAGAUGACUUUGAUGAGAAGAUUGCCAACUUGUCGUUGGAUGAUUUUCCAACACCUCCAGGGGUGAAUUCAUUUGGUGGAGUUUAUGGCCAGAAGUUCGCUGAACCCCAUGAUGAUGCAUCUGCGGGACCCUCCAAGGAGAACCAAAUCUCAAAGAAAAGAGCACCUAUCAGCAAGGAAGAAAAGAUGGAACUCUACUGUCUUGACCAUACAUACUUCAAAGCUCUGUACGGUUCCAAAAGCUAUCAAGAGAAUGAAUGGCCUGCUCACCUGUACUGGUGCCGCCGAAAGUUUUGGGAGCAUUACUACAGGGCCCAUCCAGAUCAAAUCUACCCAGAGCCUCCCCAGUCUCCCGAAAACCAGAUGGCGAUUCUCCGCCGAGAAUACGCCAACCGCCCACCAUGGUGGUUCCCCAGCUUCCCCAGCAUCGAGACCCGCGCCAAAUACCCCACAGCUUGGAAGCACUACGAGAAAGACAACCAACAACCGGCAUCCCCAGCUAAACGCGAUCAUGAGGAACGCGACCUUGAGGAACGCAUUCUUGAGGAACACGCUCAAUUGGCAAAGACAGCUUGGGAGCUGAUGACCAACGAGCAGCUCGAGGAGCUCUUGCACGAAUCAGAAGCCUACUGCAAGACCGAGCGAGAGAAAAUCGGCGCAACCACGGAAGUCAUCAUGGAGUACAGCCAGGCGAUUCUAGACAUGAAGAAGCGCUGUGGACGCUGGCAAGCGAGAGUUGACUAUGUCACCACCCAUGGCAUCCUUCGAGUGAAGGCUUUCUUGAGAGCCCGCUUGGAAAGAGAACUUGUUGCCGAUGAGAAAGAACCAGAAAGAAAGAAGAGACGCACUGACUGAGGCACUCUUUACUAUUUUGUCUUUUGAAGAAUUUGAAGGGAGUCGGAUUUCUCAUCAAGGACGGAAAGGGGUACCACGUGACAUUAGAGUGUGGAUUUGUUGUUGAAGAAAUGACAGUUCUUGUAAGAUAGAGUCACAUGGAGGAUUACCAUGGAUAGCUGGUUUGCGCAUAAGUUGUUUUUUAAGUCAUG